AUGACUCUUUUUGCUUAUCGACUGGUAGUUGUCUUAUUUCUUUUUAUUUCUCAAGUAUAUGGAUCCUGUUAUUUUGAUUUACUUAAGUCAUCAUCAUCAAAUAAUAGUUCGGGCAAUCAGAUAAUCGAUAAAUAUUGUGAAUAUUUCGGUAAGAAAUAUGCAAUUAAUACUAAUUGGACUUCACCAUUUCCUGAUUGUCUUCAUUGUCAAUGUGCUGACUACGGGUUAGAAUGCUGUGGAUUCGGAAUACAAGCUGGUCCGAAUAUUCCUCCAGCAGGUUGUGAAGUAGUUUUAGGUAUAUGUGAAGUUCAGUUCGUUCGAACAGACGAUUCUUCUCAGGCGUGUAAUGACAGUGGUCCGGUCAAUCCUAAACGUCUUCAAAAGAAAUUCAUUAUGAGACGUAAAAACUCAACAAUAAUACAUAAAAAAAAAUCUGGCUUUAUUCUUAACUAA